AUGGGCGGCAAUCAACGCCGUGAUGCUGAUCUCUUCCGCUCGAAUCCGUCCGAAUCCGAGCAAAGUACUCAAAAACAAGAACAAGAGGAGGAAGAAGAAUCCUACCAUUCUCCCGCCGCCUCCUCCGCCAACAGAUCCCCGACCGAAACCCUAAGCCCGGCCUCCCUCGACGCCAUCGACGCCCACCUCCGCUCCCUCAAGCUCAAAUACUCCUCCAAAUCCCUCUCCUCCCCAAACCCUAACCCCAACCCUAGCGCCGUCAAGCUCUACCUCCACGUCGGCGGCAGCUCCGCCGGCGCCCGUUGGAUCCUCUCCGACAAGCUCUCCUCCUUCUCCUUCUUCAAACCCAACGAGAACUCCGACGACGACGAUGAAGAAGAAUCCGCCUCGGCUUCUCCUUGGUUCCUGAAGAUCGGAUCCAAGGUCAAGGCCAAGGUGGGCCCCGGCCUUCAGAUGAAGUCGUUCCCCGAUCAGAGACGGGUCGAUUUCGUCGCUGAAGGUGUCUGGGCCAUUAAAUUUUCUAACAUCGAGAGCUACAAGGAGUUCCACCAUCAAUACAAGAAAUGCCUCUUUGAAAACACCUAUGGGUUUGAAGACAACGAUGAGAAUAAAGUUAGGGUUUUUGGGAAAGAUUUCAUGGCGUGGGCGAAGCCUGAAUCGGCCGACGACAUGAUCUGGGAGGAUGCUGACGAUAAGUUCAAGGGGACACCGGAGCAAAAAGAGGAUGUCUUGGAGGAAUUUGAGGAAGAAUCUCAUGGUGGUGGGAUUCAGAGUCUUGCACUCGGUGCUCUUGAUAACAGUUUCUUGGUUGGGGAUUCUGGGAUUCAAGUUGUGAAGAAUUUUGCCCAUGGAGUUCAUGGAAAAGGGGUUUCUGUUAAGUUCUCAAAUAACUUGAAUCCUGCAUUUUCUACUCCGAAGAAGGCUUUGCUGAUGAGGGCAGAGACGAAUAUGCUGCUGAUGAGCCCUGCUGAUUCUGGAAAGCCGCAUGCAACUGGGGUUCACCAGCUCGAUAUCGAAACUGGAAAGCUUGUCACUGAAUGGAAGUUUGAGAAAGAUGGAGCUGAUAUCACUAUAAGAGACAUUACUAAUGAUAGUAAAGGCUCGCAACUGGACCCAUCAGAGUCUACUUUCUUAGGAUUGGAUGAUAAUAGAUUGUGUCGGUGGGAUAUGAGAGAUCGAAGAGGAAUGGUUCAGAACAUGGCAAGUGCAAUGGAAUCACCUGUGUUGAAUUGGGCUCAAGGGCAUCAGUUUUCAAGAGGAACCAACUUCCAAUGCUUUGCAAGUACGGGAGAUGGGUCAGUGGUGGUUGGGUCACUUGAUGGGAAGAUUCGAUUGUACUCAAAGAGCUCGAUGAGGAUGGCAAAGACUGCUUUUCCAGGACUUGGGUCGCCUAUUACUCAUGUGGAUGUGACUUUUGAUGGGAAGUGGAUUUUGGGCACGACUGAUACUUAUUUGAUCCUUAUAUGUACAAUCUUUAAGGACAAGGAUGGGAAGGAGAAGACAGGAUUUAGUGGGAGGAUGGGGAGUCGAAUUGCUGCUCCGAGGUUGUUGAAGCUUACACCAUUGGAUUCAUUUCGGGCUGGUGCAAACAAUAAGUUCCGUGGCGGGCAAUUCUCCUGGGUUACCGAAAAUGGCAAGCAGGAGAGGCAUCUCGUUGCGACAGUGGGCAAAUUUAGCGUCAUUUGGGACUUUCAGCAAGUAAAGAACAGCAAGCACGAGUGCUAUCAGAACCAAGAAGGCUUGAAAAGCUGCUAUUGCUAUAGAGUUGUCCUCAAGGACGAAUCAAUAGUAGAUAGUCGCUUCAUGCAUGAUAAGUUUGCUGUAACUGACUCCCCGGAGGCACCAUUGGUGGUCGCAACUCCCAUGAAAGUUAGCUCCUUCAGUAUAUCAAGCAGGCGCUGACUCAUCUAAUUUCCCUCGGUUUGUUGAACUUUGUUUCCGAAUGCUUAAUAACUCUGUACCUCUUAAAUUACUUUCAGUUGCUGGUAGCUUUUAUCAUUUGCUCUGUGGUUGAAAGCUCUCUUUAUGGGUAAUAUUGGACAUGUUACUGAUUUCUGUUGUAAAAGUGUGGAAGAGGUAGCAGUUAAUGGAUGGCUUGGAAGUAGCACUGAUGGAGAUGAUAGUUUUAGUGGUAGUGUCUGUGUAGUUAUGCAAAUUUUCUGAUAACAUUACGUCUUCCUACGUAAUUGUGGAUGAAGGCAUGAGCUGGGUUUUAUGGAUUCUAUUUUCUAUGUAUUUGACAGUCAUCCAAAAAA